AUGGCUUCCACGGACACCAUCCUGCAGGGCGUCAACAUCCUCGGCGCCGUCAACGACGAGCACAAGAAGAUCCUGACGCCCCCGGCGCUGGCUUUCCUGGCCCUGCUGCACCGCUCCUUCAACAACACGCGCAAGCAGCUGCUGGAGCGCCGCAAGAUCCGCCAGGCCGAGCUGGACAAGGGCAACCUGCCCGACUUCUUGCCAGAGACCAAGCACAUCCGCGACAAUGAGACCUGGAAAGGCGCACCGCCCGCACCUGGGCUGGUGGAUAGGCGCGUGGAGAUCACGGGCCCGACGGACAGGAAGAUGGUGGUGAAUGCGUUGAACUCGGAUGUUUGGACGUAUAUGGCUGAUUUCGAAGACUCCAGCGCUCCCACAUGGGACAACAUGAUCAACGGCCAGGUGAACCUCUACGACGCCAACAGGCGCCAGGUCGACUUCAAGCAGGGCCAGAAGGAGUACAAGCUCCGCACCGACCGCACAUUGCCCACGCUCAUCGUGCGGCCCCGAGGGUGGCACCUGGACGAGAAGCACGUCACGGUGGACGGCGAGCCCAUCUCCGGCUCCCUCUUCGACUUUGGCCUGUACUUCUACCACAACGCCUUCGAGUCCGUCAAGCGCGGCCACGGCCCUUACUUCUACCUGCCCAAGAUGGAGUCGCACCUCGAGGCGCGCCUCUGGAACGACGCCUUCAACCUCGCCCAGGACUACAUCGGCAUGCCCCGCGGCACCAUCCGCGGCACCGUGCUCAUCGAGACCAUCCUGGCGGCCUUCGAGAUGGACGAGAUCAUCUACGAGCUGCGCGACCACUCCUCGGGCCUGAACUGCGGCCGCUGGGACUACAUCUUCAGCGUCAUCAAGAAGUUCAGGCAGAACAGCAACUUCGUGCUGCCCGACCGCAGCGCCGUCACCAUGACCGUCCCCUUCAUGGACGCCUACGUCAAGCUACUCAUCCAGACCUGCCACAAGCGCGGCGUGCACGCCAUGGGCGGCAUGGCUGCCCAGAUCCCUAUCAAGGACGACAAGGAGGCCAACGACAAGGCGAUGGAGGGUGUGAGGGCCGACAAGUUGAGGGAGGUGCGCGCCGGCCAUGAUGGAACAUGGGUCGCCCACCCAGCCCUGGCGUCGAUCGCCGUCGAGAUCUUCAACAAGCACAUGCCGACGCCAAACCAGCUCUUCAACCGGCGCGAGGACGUCAAGAUUGGCCAGAACGACCUGCUCAACAUGAACGUCCCCGGACAGAUUACCGAGGCGGGCAUCCGCAAGAACCUGAACAUUGGCCUCGGCUAUAUGGAGGCGUGGGUCAGGGGUGUCGGUUGCGUGCCUAUCAACUACCUGAUGGAGGACGCCGCCACCGCCGAAGUCUCGCGCAGUCAGCUCUGGCAAUGGGUCCGCCACGGCGUGACGACCUCGGAAGGCAAGCGCGUCGACAAGGCCUACGCACUCAAGCUGCUCAAGGAGCAGUCAGAUGAGCUGGCCAAGAAGGCCGGCCAGGGUAACAAGUUCCACCUGGCCGCCCAGUACUUCUCAGGGCAGGUCACGGGCGAGGACUAUGCUGAUUUCUUGACAUCGUUGCUGUACAACGAGAUCACCACUGUUGGAAAUGCUGCACCUGCGUCGAAGUUGUAA